AACAAGCGAUUUUGGACGAUCAGCCAACGGCAAAACUGAAGUCGUCUUGGUAGAUCUGCAUCAAGAAGUUGGUGACGCCUUUGAGGUUUGUAUGGGUACCAUCUAAUGUCAUCUAAACGAAGUGUGUGGAAUUCCUACACCAUUUCUUCUGGUAGAGAUGUGGGGGUUCCUUUCGAGCUGGUCUUAAACAAUCCUGAUGUUUUCAUCAGACCGAGCUGUUCUUCUUCUUCCAGAACGUCCCUUGUUGAGAUUGAGACUUGUUCCUUCUCUCUGAUACUUCUUGAUAUUCUUCCAGAUUGUCGACUUAGCAGGUACAUUUCUAUCUGGGAAGCGUACUCUAAACUGAUCAGCAACCUGCUGAAGGCUCCCACUUCUGAGCCACUCACUUACUACGAAUACUCUUUGAUCUUGGGUCAGCUGCAUGAACUUGCUAUGUUGAAUGCUUGUUCAGAAAUUGAGACUUGUUCCUUCUCUCUGAUACUUCUUGAUAUUCUCCCAGAUUGUCGACUUAGCAGGUACAUUUCUAUCUGGGAAGCGUACUCUAAACUGAUCAGCAACCUGCUGAAGGUUCCCACUUCUGAGCCACUCACUUACUACGAAUACUCUUUGAUCUUGGGUCAGCUGCAUGAACUUGCUAUUUUGAAUGCUUGUUCAGAAAUGUGUAUUUCGAAUAGGACAUGGUCUUG